GGGACCGCUUGGAGGCUGCUUGGGGCUCGCAUCCCGGGCGGUCUAGGCUAGGUCUGGCCCACCCGAGACUUCUUCACUUGGAGAGCCGGGUCCCAUGGCGCUGCAGGGUAUCCGGGUGUUGGAGCUGGCCGGCCUGGCCCCAGGCCCGUUCUGCGGUAUGGUCCUCGCGGACUUCGGGGCCCAAGUGGUGCGUGUGGACCGGCUGGGCGCCAGAGGGGACGUCAGCUUCAUGGCACGGGGCAAGCGCUCGCUGGCGCUGAACCUGAAGCGGCAGGACGGGGCAUUGGUGCUGAGGCGCCUGUGCCGCCAGGCGGACGUAGUGCUGGAGCCCUUCCGCCACGGUGUUAUGGAAAAACUCCAGCUAGGCCCGGAGAUUCUGCAGAGGGAGAAUCCAAAGCUCAUCUAUGCCAGGUUGAGUGGAUUUGGCCAGUCAGGAAGAUUCUGCAGGGUAGCAGGCCAUGACAUCAACUAUUUGGCUUUGUCAGGUAUUCUGUCAAAGAUUGGCAGAAGUGGUGAGAAUCCGUAUGCACCGCUGAAUCUCCUGGCUGACUUUGGUGGUGGUGGCCUCAUGUGCACACUGGGCAUCUUGUUGGCUCUUUUUCAACGCACACGCUCUGGCAAAGGUCAGGUCAUUGAUGCCAGCAUGGUGGAAGGAACGGCAUACCUAAGUUCUUUUCUGUGGAAAUCUCAACAAGUAGGACUGUGGGAACGACCUCGAGGACAGAACAUGCUAGAUGGUGGAGCACCUUUCUACACAACCUACAGGACAGCAGAUGGGGGCUUCAUGGCUGUUGGAGCAAUAGAACCCCAGUUCUACAAGCUGCUAAUCAAAGGACUUGGACUAAAGUCUGAUGAGUUUCCUAAUCAAAUGAGCGUGACUGAUUGGCCAGAAAUGAAGAGGAGGUUCACAGAGGUAUUUGCAAAGAAGACCAAAGAAGAGUGGUGUCAGAUCUUCGAUGGCACAGAUGCGUGUGUGACUCCAGUUCUGACGUUUGAAGAGGUCACCCAGCAUGAUCAUAACAAAGAACGAGGCUCAUUUAUCACUGAUGAGGAGCAGCGUGUGAGUCCCCGCCCUGCACCUCUGCUGUCAGACACCCCCGCUGUCCCUUCUUCCAAGAGGGAUCCUUUUGUAGGAGAACAUACUGAAGAGAUACUUCAAGAGUUUGGGUUCAGUCAGGUAGAGAUCAAUCAGCUUACCUCAGAUAAAAUCAUUGAAAUUAAUAAGCCACGAGCUAAUCUCUAAAUUCCAGGCCUCACAGCUCAAGUGAAUUGAAUAUUACGUGUUCAGUGUGGGAUAAUACAUAAAAUUGUGUGCACAGAAACACGAAGGAACAGCAUCCUGGUAGACCAGCUGUUCUAAUCAAGAAACAAGACUGUGAGUACACAGUAAUGAUUGAAUUCUGAAAAUGGUUAACAUGAUUAUUGAUUUAGGAAUGUUUUUAGUUUACUAAUAUUAAAUUGUGGCAGUUUUUCUGCUUUUCAAUUUACUUGAUAGAUUAUAUUUUUAAUAUUAAGAUAUGAAUCAUAUACUUUCAAUGGAUGAAUAUAAUGGUUUUUAUUAAAUAAAGCUUUUCCCCCCUAAAGUUUACUUCUGCUUUUAAGUUUCUGAAAAGUUUUCAAGAAAGUCCUUGAAAUAGCACUUAAAAAGCAAUUUGUGACUCAUUUAAAUAACGUUGGCUCUACUAUUUACCAAAAUGAAGUCCUUAGAAAAGUCCGAUCCUUUUAAUGUGGUGUGGUAAGAAAAUCUUUCAGCCAGCAUCUUUGCAUUGUAAUUUUAGAAAACGUUCUUGAUGUUUCCUUCAGAUAACCCCCACUGUCCAUCUAGACCAUAGGACUAGAGCCCGGCUCUGUGUGGCUGCCUCUUAGCAUCACCUACCAUGUC